AUGGCCUUGGGGAACCACAGUACCAUCACCGAGUUCCUCCUCCUCGGGCUGUCUGCCUAUCCCCACGUCCAGGCUCUGCUCUUUGUGCUGCUCCUGGGGAUUUACCUCCUGACCAUAAUCAGGAACCUGACGCUGCUGCUGGUGAUCAGGGCUGAUUCUCGUCUCCAUACACCUAUGUAUUUCUUCCUGAGUCACCUCACUUUUGUUGAUCUUUGCUUCUCUUCGACCAUUGAGCCCAAGAUGCUGGAGAAGCUCCCGUCACAGAGGAAAAUCAUUUCAGUAGAGGGCUGCCUGGCCCAGGUCUUCUUCGUGUUUGUCACUGCAGGGACCGAGGCCUGCCUUCUCUCAGGGAUGGCUUAUGACCGCUAUGCUGCCAUCUGCUGCCCACUGCUUUAUGGACAGAUCAUGGGUAAACAGCUGUGUAUGCACCUUGUGUGGGGCUCGUGUGGACUGGGCUUUCUGGAUGCACUCAUCAAUGUCCUUUUAGCUGUAAACAUGGUCUUUUGUGAAGCCAAAAUCAUUCACCUAGCUGUGAGAUGCCGUCUCCUCUCUCUGUCAUGCUCUGAUGUCUCCAGAAACCUCAUCGCCUUGCUCUGCUCCACUCUCCUGCAUGGGCUGGGAACCUUCCUUUUGGUCUUCUUGUCCUACACCCGCAUUAUCUCUAACAUCCUAAGCAUCAGCUCUACCUCAGGCAGAAGCAAGGCCUUCUCCACCUGCUCUGCCCAUCUCCCUGCAGUGACCCUCUACUAUGCCUCAGGUUUGCUCCGCCAUCUCAUGCCAGAUUCAGGUUCCCUGGAGCUGAUCUCCUCUCCAUGGGAGGGCAGUAUAACUGUAGUCACUCCCAUGCUGAAUCCCCUCAUCUACAGCCUGAAAAAUAAGGAAGUGAAGGUAGCUCUGGAAAGAAGUUUGGAAAAAUAUUUGCAA